AUGGGCAUAAACUCAACUGCACCACUGUCGCCGUCUUCAACCACGUCCAACUCAUCCAAAAGGAGUAAUCUAUUGAACUUGUUUGUUAAACGAAAGGGAGGGAACAAUUCCACCAGUGCUACUGCAUCUACUACCGCUAACAGCAACACAACUAACAGCUCAAAAGCAUCCAGACUGGGAUAUAUAAAGCCUUUGGGAAGAAACAUUUCCCGAAGUCGGUCAAGAGGAGACAAGUUGCAAAAUACCUCAACUCGUGGCAGUAGUCUUAGUCGAAGGAGAGACCUGUCGGAAGGAAGAAACUUUUACGUCGACGAUGACGAGUCGUUUGUUUACAAUGACGAUGAAGAUGAAGAUAUGGAUGAUGAUUCAAAUACCUUGGGGUAUGGUUCUGAUGUGUCACUGGAAGUGUCACUAGGCAGGUCGCCUUCUGUAAGGAAUCGAGUCAAAGUCAAUGGUGCUAAACGAUCUAGUACAAUAUUGAAUCACAGUGUUGAUGAAAAAGUACCCUUUCCAAACCUAGAUCAAGUGGUACAUGACUCUGGUAUUGCACUAGCCCCGAUAAGUCAAGACGACGCACCUUGGAACGGAUUGACGUACGAAUCAUUUUUGAUUCCCAAAUACGUUAGAACAUCGCGUCAUACUAAACAAAGUCCUAAAAUCAUCAACAACUUAUUCCUUGCACAAGAACUCAAUGUCGAAAACUACAAUGCCAAUAAUUCAAGCUUGAAAUCAAAUGAAAGCAGUGAUGCAGAGAAUGACCACGACCACGACCGCGACCAUGACCACGGCCACGACCAUGAGCAUUCGCAUCAUCGGCUGGCCAAUGAUCAUCCAGCAGGCGCAUCGUCCCCAGAUACUAAUUUUGAAGGUAGUGGUAUCGGCAGAGAAAUAUUUGUCAUGAAAUUUAGCAAAGAUGGAAAGUAUCUUGCUGCGGCCGGAAGGGAUGCUGUGAUAAGAAUAUGGAAAGUUAUAUCGUCGCCAUUGGGCCGGUUGGAAUACAAUCAAAAUGAGCGUGACACUAGUCCCAUCAGAAGCAACAAGCGUGAUGCAGUGUUUGAUUCUGCACCCGUUUUCCACAAAACACCAAUAGAACUACGUGGCCAUACCAGUAGUAUUCUUUCACUUGCUUGGAGUAAGAACAAUUUCUUGAUAACUGGAAGCAUGGAUAAAACUGCUAAAUUAUGGCACGUUGAUCGACCAAAUUGCUUGCAAACCUUUAAGCAUCAAGACUUUGUUACAGCUGUCGAAUUUCACCCAUUUGAUGACCGGUUUUUCUUGAGUGGAUCGUUGGAUAAUGAAGUGCGAUUGUGGUCCAUUUUGGAGACAUCCGUAUCGUAUUGGAGAAACUUGGGUGAGGAGGUAUUAGUCACUGCGUUGGCGUUUACACCGGACGGAACUUGUUGUGUUGUUGGUGGAUUCAAUGGAUCUGUAUUCUUUUUGGAAACCAAGGGACUACAUAUUCUUCAUCGAGCAGAAAUCAAGGAAAGAUCGAUUGUGCAUGCAUUCCAUGAUAAAGGCGGCAAUAAGAUAACCGGAGUUGAAGUGUUUGCAAAUCCGGAUUAUGUGGCCAAGCCAAAUGAAGGUAUAUCCAUGGAAAAAUGGAAUGUAUUGAUAACGACCAAUGAUUCGCGAGUGCGAAUGGUUAGCACGUUGAGAAGAAAGUUGAUCACAAGGUUUAAAGGGUUGACUAACAAUUCAUCUUCUAUUGCUGCGUCAAUAACUGAAAACCACAAGUUUAUAGUAUCAGGUUCAGAAGAUCAUUAUUGUUACGUGUGGGAAAACAACAACCAAAUUAUCAAUAACAAGAUCAGACAGUCCUUGAAGGAGUUUGUUAUCGAUGGAAAGCAAACAAUUAGUGAUUUUCAUCAUAAACAUGAAAAGUAUUCCAAAUUAUUUCACUCAAAUAAGUUGAUUGCUAAAUUACUUGAUGGAGGUGACGAUGAGAACUUGCGCCAUGAUUUUGUUGCCAAUGAGAAUCACAGUUAUGCAUGUUUCCAUGCUCACCAUUCACGAUGCAAUGUGGCUGUGUUUGCUCCUGAGUCUACAAAAACAUUACUCGGCUUAUCAGAUGAUUUGAUUUUUGACUUGAAGAAACGUGGUGAGGCUUGUAAGAUGGAUCCGAGUGUGUGUGCAUUAACCGUUGCUAUUGCUGGCGGUGGAGGCGUUGGAGAAGAAUACAAUGGCAGCAAAGAGCAUGCAAGGUUUGAUGAUGGUGUAGGUGAGGGUGAUAUCAUUGUAACUACUGAUCAGUAUGGACUCAUUCGCGUUUUCCGUCAAGAUGCUGCUAGCUCUUACAGGAGGCAGUUCAUUGACUUGUACAAGAAAUGUCAAGCACAGAAUAAGUCACCAGCUUUGCUUUCACCUGAAGGCAACUUGGCCAAAUCAAAUGUUAAUAACGGAUGCCCUAUAACCAAUGGAGGAGGAAUCGGUAGUAUCAAUCGCAACGGCAAUGGUAACCAUAAUUUACCACGCAAGCUACUGGGCAGUGAAAAGUAUGGGCUUUCCCGCAACUUUGAUUCUUCACGGUCAAUUAGUUCAGUACUUUCCUCCAGGCGUGGGUUAAGUGCAACUGAUCUUAGCCGUACAAUAUCCAACAAUAAUCAAUACCGACCACCACCAGCACCACCUUCAGCAUCAUCAUCUGCAUCCACUACCACAACCUUGAACCAGUUAAAUGGCAUUUCCACUUCUUCGAGUAACUACACCUAUCAACGAAACAACCAUGUGAUGUCAGCACCUCACAAUCAUAUGUUUCAUCAACCGGAUAUUCACAUUCAUUCAGAUGCAUCUGACGAAGAGGAUCACGAUGGCACAGAGUUUGACGAUUUGAAGAGUGAUGUAACAAAUCCCACUGAAUCCGAUCCCGGUUUGAAUUCCGGAAGCAAGAAUCAAUACACCUUGUCUGCCAUGAAUGCAUUGGAAGGGAAUCAAAUUAGCCCCUCAGUUGGCGGAAAGCAAGAAACUUUUCCCAGCUUAAAGAGGGUAUCCAAUUUGCCACCCCAAAAGCAACAACAACAACAACAACAACAACAACAACAACAACAACGUCGUGGUGACAGGAUCCCAGCACCUCCAGUAACACCACCAGCUGGGAACCAGAUGCACCAUAUGCCACCGCAUGCGUACACGCAGAGUAAUGGACCCGGACACAAUACCACCACUAGCGCGGUUCCUAGAGGCCCACUUGCGACUGCGUCAGUUCCUACCUCACAAGUUUCUACGCCAACUCCAAAAAACACGCAAGUUGGAAAUGCGUAUCCCGCAAUGCCCCGUCCUGUUAGUGCCGCGGGUAACUCAGUUUCUCCACAAGCGCCACAUAUCGUAUUAGCUGACGCUGGUUUGCCAUCGCGAUCUCCAUCACCAUUAUCAAACCCGUAUCCACCUCAACAGCAUCAUAAUCAUCAUCAUCAUCAUCAUCACAAAGAGCAACAGCUUGGUCCUGAAUUGGGCUCGGAGAUCAGUCGAGUAUCAAUACAUUCAACGGGUGACGCGCCUCAUGUGUGA